AUUAAUGAGUGUCACAAGUAACAUCUGAGCUCGGACAGAGAAAGAGAGAAGGUCUGAUCGGCUCCUUUGUUAUUAAACGGCCUAGUUGGACUAAUAUUUAAUAAUAUUUCUACGAGACGUACUUUGAUUUAAAUAUGUUACCGCAGUGUUUACAGACUUAAACAGCCUUAAACAAUAGCUGCUCAGUAAAGUAAUCACAUUACUGUAACGCGUCACCGCCUCCAUUCACUUCCAGCUGUUGCAAGGUGAAACUGGGGGCGUGUGUUGGUCGUUGCGCGCUCUCUCUCCUCCAUUAGUACCCUUGCUCUCUCCACCACUCCCAACCUUUGGCACAGGACUGGGUCCAUCCACUGUCAACUCUGCAGCCUGUCUACCUCUGCAGAAUUAAUCAUGGCGCUUCAGGCGAGAGCCUUGCUCUCCUCUAAAUGGCUCGCCGAGGCUGUGAAGGUCCAGGGGAAAAUGCGCAUCUUGGACACUUCUUGGUAUUUGCCCAAACUCCGGCGCAACGCCAAGAGCGAGUUCAAGAAGAGGCACAUCCCGGGCGCAGCUUUCUUUGACAUAGACCAGUGUUGUGAUAAAACCUCUCCCCUGGACCACAUGCUGCCGUCAGAGAAGAUUUUUGCAGACUAUGUCGGGAAUUUGGGAAUAACGAGCGACACGCACGUCGUGCUGUACGACGCCAGCGAGUACGGCGCGUUCUCUGCGCCCCGCGUGUGGUGGAUGUUCCGGGUGUUCGGGCACAGCGCGGUCUCACUGCUCAACGGGGGGCUCAGGAACUGGGAGCUGGAGGGUCGACCUGUGAGUGACAAGUACGUCAGACCAGCACCGACCGAGUUUAAGGCCUCCCUGAACCGCUCCUGGAUCAAGACCUACGAGGACCUCCUGGAUAACCUGGACACCAAACAGUUCCAGGUGGUGGACGCCAGGCCUCCAGGCAGGUUCAGAGGACUGGACCCUGAACCCAGAGACAAUACGGAGCCGGGCCACAUCCCCGGUUCUGUCAACGUGCCCUUCCACUCCUUCCUCUCCCAGUCGGGUCACUUCCUGCCCAAGGAGCAACUCCAGGCUCUUUUCACCCGAGCUGGCGUCGACCUCAGCCGCCCUGUCUGUGUGCUGUGUGGCUCGGCGGUGACCGCCUGUCAUGUGGCACUGGCGGCCCACGAAUGCGGGCACGCCGGGGUGUCGGUGUACGACGGCGGGUGGUCGGAGUGGUACACCCGCGCCGUGCCCGAGAACGUCAUAUCUGAAGGACGGGGGAAACAUCUGUGAUUGGUUCACGGGGGUGUGGUUGGGAAAAAAAAACUGGAUCAGACUGAUUCUGGACGUCAGGAAGAGACAGAUGAUGUUCUUUGCUUUUGUUUUGUGUGAUAAAGUUUAAAGGAAUAACUUGACAUUUUGGGAAAUUUCAAUUGGUAAAACUGCAUCUUUGCUUUCUUGGUGAGAGUUAGAGAUGAGAAGAUCGAUACCUCUGCUAUGUCUGUAUUAUAAAUACAAAGCAACAGCAACAUCUUAGCUUAACCUUAAAAAGUGGUACGGAUCUUCUCAUUCAGUUGUUGGCAAAAAAGCAAAUCAUGUAUUUUUCCAAAAAAUGCUAAACGAUUCCCAGAACAAGGGGGGGUUUCAUCCCAAUCACAUUGAUAGAUGUCUUGACUAUGGAGCCAGCAAUAUGUGAACACUAAACUUGACUUUUUAAUUUCCUCUGAGACUGGAAAAUGUUUGUUUACAGCUGUAAUACUCACGUUGGAAUAAAAAAAAUAGAGCUGCACUUUGAA